CUUAGUUAACCUCUUUAUCCAAAUCUAGUAUCCAAGUGAAUAUGUGAUUGAUCUUUGAUCUUCCUUGCUGUUAUUGUGGUGAUUGCACAACAUAAAAAGUGAUGGUGGGUAACAUGGUUGUUGGUUGUUACAGACAAGAAAGAAAAGAUAAAAGUUUCCAAAGCUUCUUUUUUCAUCACAAGUGUUCUUCCUCACUCUCUCUUACCAAUCUAUUCCCUAUAUUCACGCCGCACUCACACUCUCUUCUCUUUCCAAAACCUAAAACAAAACUCAUCACAAUAUCACUUUUCUCCUAAACCAAACCAUUGCUUCUCUUUCUCUUUGCUUUGUCAUCACAAACACACAAAAACAGGUAAAAUGAGUGAGUUAUCUUUCUCUAACACUUCCAACAACAACAAUGAAUUCUCUACUAACAUCUUAUCCUUCUUGUUCCGUUUUUGUUUCUCUAUAUUCUCACACCCUUUGUACUUUUUUUACUUCCUCUUCUUCUCUCCAUAUAUCCUUAAACUUCUCUCUUUUCUUUCUCCUUUGUUCAUCACUACUACCCUUCUUAUCCUUGUGGCUCUUCUUACUUUCACUCCUAGCUUUGUACAUCAAAAAGGUGGUAGCAAAAGUAGUAGCUCUGAGGUUUCUACUUUGCAGAAUUUUCUAACAUGGUUUGAAUCUGAUGACAAAGAUGAAGAAAUUGGUUUCCUUGAUGAGUUGGAAGCUUAUUUAGUUAUGUUCCAAGCUUCGAUCUUUGAAGUUGAUGAACCGAAAUCGGAAGAAGAUUUUAUCUUUGAAGAAGCCGAUGAAGAGUUUUCAGUUGAAGCAAGUGAUGUUUUAGAGUUUUCAGAAGAAGCAAGUAAAGAAGAGAAAAAGGUGGAGUUGGAUGAAGAAAACCAAGACGAGAAAGAAGAAAAAGUUGUUGAAUGCAUUAAGGAAGAAAAGGUGUUAGAUGUGAAGAGUUUGGUAACAUUGUUUCAAGAAUAUGCGGAGUUAGAAAAUGUGUCUAGUGAGAAGGAAGAAAAAGAACUAGUCAAGCCUAUAUUGGAUACUAAGUUCAAUAAAGUUGAAGAAAGUAAAGAAAAAUGGAACAUGAGAAGUGGAUCCAAAGUGAAGGGUAAUAGAGACAUGUAUGAAAGUAAAGUGAAAAGUAGUAAAAGUGAUGAAGAGCAUGCUUUUGGUGAAGCAUUGAAGGUGAAAAAAUCUCAUAGAGUGGAUGCAAAUUAUGGGAGUCCACAAAGUAAUUGGGAGUAUAGUGGAAAAGUAAUUGGGAAUGAUGAUGAAGUUGGUUCUAAUCUUGGAAGUUUUGGUUCAAUGAGAGUGGAAAAAGAGUGGAGGAGGACAUUGGCUUGUAAGCUUUUUGAGGAAAGACACAACAAUGGUGAUGGAAGUGAAGGAAUGGAUAUGCUUUGGGAAACAUAUGAGAAAGAAUCAAACAAGGUUAUGAAGAAAAGUGAUAGAAAGAAAGGGAAGAAAUUGAGUGAAGUUGAGUUUAAUGAGGAUGAGGAAGAGGAAGAAGAGGUAGGGGCUAAGUUAUGUUGCUUACAAGCUUUGAAAUUCUCAACGGGGAAGAUGAAUUUAGGAAUGGGAAGGCCUAACCUUGUUAAAUUCUCUAAAGCUUUGAAAGGUAUGGGAUGGUUGCAUAAUGUAGGCAAGAAUGGAAAGAAGAAUAACACCAUUAAGUAAUUGUUUUUUAUGUUUUGUAACUUUUGAUUAGACUUAGAAGUUGUGUAUUUGUUUGAUGAUGAAUGAGAAGUAAAUAUUUUGUUUGUUGAUUAUACAAAGAUGUUUCAUUAGAGAUGUUUCUUGUAAUAUAUGAUUUGAAAAUGUAUUUAUAAGUGCUGAUUGAGAAGGAAUCGUGGUUUUACGAGAUUCAUUUAUAGAAUU